UAAAGGGCCAGUGUGUAAUAUUUGGCAUGGUUUAUUGUCAAUCUGAAUCUGAAUCUGAAUAUUCUACCCAUUAAUAUGUUUAUACAAGUGUAUAAUCGCUAUAAAAUAAAAUUCGUUUGGUUUUCGUAGCCUUAUAAUUAUGCUUUUAUAUAUAUAUAUAUAGCAAGGGCCUUGCUUUAGAGAGGUCGCCAUCUUGCGCCGCCAUGUAUGUACGGCAGACCGAGCGGACAAUCCAGCCAGCCAGAGAACGCGUUUCGCGUGUAUAAAUGAACCAACGAAGACAGCGGAAGGAAGGAAGAAGGAGGAGGAAACAGCAGAGAGUGUUAGUAGUUCGUCGAUAGAGAGUAGUGAAAAGUUUUUUUAGUUAUAAAGUUUGCGAAUGGACCACACUUACCACGCAACAGGAGAGAAUGAACCCGAACCGUCAUCUGCGAGGAAAAGAAGACGCAACUUCACUCCUUGUGAUGCACUCUCUGCGGCGCUUUUCCUCCUGAUGAUAUAUCUCCCCAACGAUGGUAGCAGUAGCACCGAAUCCCAUUCUGUGCAUUCAGCCUCUCUUCUCGCCCGCUCAGCAUCAAACACAUGGAGUUCCUCAUCUGUAUGCUCCGGCUCAAACAGGAACAACAUGGAGUCCAGAGAGGAAGAACAAGAAGAAGACACCCGCAGGUCAUCUCUGGAAGACAUCGUAAGUAAUACUACUGAUACUACGACUACUGCAACUACUACUAUUACUGAUACUACCAGCACUGCUAAUACUACUGCAGCUGCUAAUGGUACUUUAACAACCACCAUGAGUCCUGCUGCACCACCUGAUGAUCAGACAGAAGAUGAGGAGGACGAAGUGGAGGAGGUUGAGGGCAAGGAAACUGGUGAACUGGUCAAUGAUGUCAUGGCAGCAGCAGCAGGUGCUGAGUCAGCAGGUAUGGAGAGCAAAGAUGUUUCAACUGCAGACAAAGAGGCAGGUGAGCCAGAGCAGCAGUCUCACCUCCACACAGGAGCUGUUGAAGACGAGUUUGUCACAGAACAGAAAGCAUCCACGCCAACCGCAGACCGGCCAGCUCCUCCCAGCAGUCUGGCCUUGUCACGACCAACGAAGAAGAAAGUCCUGGUGGCUCCAGCUCUCAGUUUGUCUUUAGAUCGCAGUGAGUCUACAAUUUCAGAUGACUUCCCCUCAGCCUUUCUCUCCCCUUCACUUGGAGACGAUGAUGACACGGGGCUGGACUUUGACCUGGACGCCAUGGAAACGCCCUCUGACAGCGAAUCACUGCCCUUCCCCAUCUACGACCUGGACCUGGAAGACGACCUGCGGCGUCUCGGCGUGGCAUCCCGGCGUCGCAGAGCGCCUGGCUUCAGUCCCAGGUACAGGUUCGACUCACAGACCGGUUCUGCACCGGGGAUGGACCAGAGUGAACUGGGAGCUCUGGAACGGGAGGACAUGGUGGACAGUCAAGGCACCAGGUGGCGCUGUUUCUCCACAGGUGUUCCUCCUCAGGAGAGCCGGGUAAACAUGAGCAUCCUGGAGCCAUUCCUCAGGGUGCUGUCACACGGAGGUUACUAUGGAGACGGUAUGAAUGACAUCAUCGUGUUUUCUUCCUGUUACCUGCCGCAGAAUAGUCUGGAAAAUUACCAGAAUGUGAUGGAUAACCUGUUCAGGUAUGUGGUGGGAACUCUGGAUCUGAUGGUUGCAGAAAACUAUGUGAUUGUGUAUCUUUGUGCCGGAGGGCAGAAAGACAAACUGCCAGGAAUCAGCUGGCUGAGGGAGUGUUACACCACCAUCAACAGGAGGUUGAGGAAGAACCUGAAGGGUUUCUACGUGGUUCAUCCCACCUGGUACAUCAAAGCCCUCAUCACCAUCAUCAAACCCUUCAUCAGCUCUAAGUUCAGCAGGAAGCUCCAGUUCGUCAACAGCCUCCAGGAUCUCUCUCACUUUAUCCCCACUGAGCACGUGCAGAUCCCAGAUUGUGUCACACAGUAUGACCGGAGUCUGACCAGGUGAAACUGAAAACGCCUGGAUCCUAUCUCCCUGUCAUCAGGUGGAGCUUCGAUGUCACUGGGUGUUGCUGCUCCCUCUGUCUUUAUUAAGUGUUAAACAUUUCGAACUGUUUUUUAAUAACUUUGUAUCAGAACAAAACUUGAGCAAAUAUUAUAAUUUCUAUUAAAAUCUAUGCAAUCUAACGCAGUGUAAUGAAACAACAGCAUGAAGUGAUGUAAAUACCACCGAGUCACAAUGUAUUAUCGGGGCGAGCAAAGUCAUGAAAAGUAUUUUUUUAUCUUGUGUGCAUGAGAUAUGAUCUUGUUUGCACAAGAAGUGAAUUCUUUUUGUUUAAGAUGGACCUAAUAUCUUGUAAGAUGAAAGAUAUCUUCCCUUUUGUUUUUUUUCUUUAAAACUAGGUGGAGGUGGAUUUUGUUACAUUCCAACAGAGCAGAACCUUUUCCCCAGUUUCUGGUCUUUAUGCUAAGCUAAGCUAACCAUCUGUAGCUCCAUAUUUACUGUACAGGGAAUAUACUGUAUAUUUAUAUAUGUUAUAUCACAGUGAGUGUUUUUCGCUUUAAGAAGUCUGUUGGAUCAGAGCUGGUACCUGUGAACACCUUAAUUGUGUGUGCGGUGUGUGUGUGUGUGUGUGUGUGUGUGUGUGUGCGCGCGUGCGCACGAGGAAACACUGUGGUCAUUUAUAAAGAACAGUGUGUGUGUGUGUGUGUGUGUGUGUGUGUCUGGCCAGUAUGAACCAAGCGGCUGCUCAGGAAAUGGAGGUUGACAGGAAGGAAGUGAGGUAGCUGCUGAGGAAACUCAAUAAACAGGAACACAGGGUGUUUCUCAAAGUCAAAGAUUUUUUUUUUUUUUUUUAAAUUUAGAAAUAGGGACAUGCAUAUCAAUGAACAAAUACAUGAGUGUAUGUAAAUACGCCAGAUUGUAGCCUACGGCUAAUUUCCAUCUGUUAUUCCUAUAGGCAAGUUGAUGUAAAAAUGUAGUGAGCAGCAGCGACAAAAGACAGAGUUAAAAUUCAUAGCAACCACGUAGACACAAUACAGAAGACACAAGAGGUGCACAAUAUACAUUCGAAAAUACAUCAAGUGUAGCCCAUGACAACACCAGAGGUGACCAGGGAUAUCAUAAUAUUGCACAUAAACCCUAUUGCACAUGACCCCAGGUCAAUCCAUCAACAAUGUCAAAAGCAUAUACAGUACAAGACAAGACCAAAACAUUCUGUGCAAUAAAAUACAGUGCAAAAAGGAGUUUGAGUGGGGGACUGUAAGUAAUGUGUAGAUGGAAGAUGAGACUGCAGCAAUGCAAAGUCCUGUUUAUGAUUCUUGUUAUGCUGUAUAGAAAGAAUGGAUAUGAAUGAGUAAGGUUAUAAAGUGCUGCAGUGCUCAUAUAAACAUUAAUAGCUGUUGGUGUAAUAAAAUGAGUUACAUUAAAGUUACAUUAAAUUAGGGAGGAGGAGUCUGUCGGGGGUGUGUAUGGAAAAUGAGGUUGCAACAAUGCAAACACCUGUACAGAAUUUUUGUUGGAGUUGUG